CGCGCCGUGCACUGUGGGAGCGAGGAGAGGAGGGCCGGAGCUGCGCGCACGCAGGCGCGCUCACUCGUUCAAUAGAAUUCCAACUGCCCCCUCCUUUUCUCGUCCCAUAGUGCUUUGCCACUUCCGUCAUUGACGGCUUGUCGCAAACGUGAAGCCCUCGUUCGGCUGCCCCUCGCUUCUGUUAGUCUUCUCACCUCGCUUGCUGUCGCUCCCCCCCACGUCGCUCCACUCCCCCCCAGCCCUCCGCUUGGCCGUAAGCAAGGGCGGGCGCCGCCUCUCCUUCUGGGCCUCGGCGGCGCCUUCCCCCCUUCCACCUCUCCCCUCCCCCACAGCCUCUCCGAAAUGCCCCCCAAGAAACAGCCCGCACCAGCGGCAGCCGGCAACAAAAAGGCUGAUCAGAAGAAGAAGGAAAAGAUCAUCGAGGACAAAACCUUUGGCUUAAAGAAUAAGAAAGGAGCGAAACAGCAGAAGUUUAUCAAGGCUGUGACCCAUCAAGUUAAGUUUGGUCAGCAAAAUCCACGGCAGACUGCUCAAACAGAUGGUGACAAGAAACUAAAGAAAGAUGAUAAGAAGAAAGAAUUACAAGAGCUGAAUGAGCUUUUCAAACCUGUUGUUGCUGCACAGAAAAUCAGUAAAGGUGCCGAUCCAAAAUCAGUAGUUUGUGCUUUCUUCAAGCAAGGGCAGUGCACAAAAGGAGACAAAUGCAAAUUUUCUCAUGACUUGUCUUUGGAGAGAAAGUGUGAAAAGAGAAGUGUAUACAUCGAUGGAAGAGAUGAAGAUCUUGAAAAGGACACAAUGGAUAAUUGGGAUGAAAAGAAGCUGGAGGAGGUAGUGAACAAGAAGCACGGUGAGGCCGAAAAGAAAAAACCCAAAACCCAAAUAGUCUGCAAGUAUUUCCUUGAUGCUAUUGAAAACAAUAAAUAUGGAUGGUUUUGGGUCUGUCCUGGUGGAGGAGACAACUGUAUGUACCGUCAUGCACUCCCUCCUGGCUUUGUUCUUAAAAAGGACAAAAAGAAGGAAGAAAAGGAAGAAGAAAUUUCUUUAGAAGAUCUAAUAGAAAAAGAGCGUGCUGCCUUAGGAUCAAAUGUUACUAAAAUUACUUUAGAGUCUUUUCUGGCAUGGAAGAAAAGGAAAAGACAAGAAAAAAUUAGCAAGGCUGAGCAAGAUAUGGAAAGAAGGAAAGCAGACUUUAAGGCUGGAAAAGCGCUGGUGAUAAGUGGGCGUGAAGUGUUUGAGUUCCGGCCAGAGCUGGUUGAUGCAGAUGAUGAAGAAGCAGAUGAUACUCGUUAUAUUCAAGGAGCAGGUGAAGAUGAGAUUGAUGAACUCGUGUGCGUAAAUGAUGUAGACUUGAACCUUUAUGUUCCAAAAGCUGUAGAUGAGACUGGAAUUACUGUAGCUAGUCUGGAACGAUUUAGCGCAUAUACUUCAACUGAAAAGGAUGAUAACAAGCUGAGUGAAGCUUCAGGAGGUGGACUGGAGAAUGGCGAACAAAGCGAUUAUGAAGCUGACAGUGACAUGGAAGGCACCCAGGAAAACGGAGUAAUUGAUGCAGUUCCAGUGGAUGAAAAUCUUUUUACUGGUGAGGACUUGGAAGAACUAGAAGAAGAACUAAACACACUUGAUUUAGAGGAAUGAAGAAGCAGCUUUAAUCGUGAAUUUAAAUCUACUUGACAAAGUGAAUAUCGGCUCCAUCUGUUUAUCUAGAAUUCUUACAUGGGGUACACUUGGUUCCUCACAUGAUUCUGGAAAAAAAAUUAAACAGAAAUAUCUCCUCCCCCCACCGUUUCCUGAUUCAGUCUUAACCAGCUUAAUAAACCACUCAGAAAAUGCACAGAGAGAACUCUCUUAAUGUACAGUAACAUUAUGAAAUUCCAGCUAAAAGUAGGAAGUCUCAUUACUUUUCCAGUAUAUGUGAAGGGGAGCCUUGCUACCAAUCCAAGAGGAGGUCAUGAAAUCUUUCAACAGAACUGCAUUUGAAAUAUGUAUUUUGAAUGAUUAACUUUGAGCCACUUACUGUAAAACGAAGUGAUAACAGAUUUACAUGGCUGUGCUCUUAAAAGUGCUGAAAUGGUUUUAGGUGAUUUGACCAGUGGAUACUCAUGGUAGAGAUUCAUAAGAUCACACAAGUAUAGGCCCUGCUUCUAAAUUUUAAAGUUAACCCAUUGAGAUGUAAAUAAAGAAUAUCUGAUUUUUAAAAAAAGUUGGUUCUACAUUGCUGUAUAUGCAAAUAUUUUGCAAAUAUGCAGUAGACCUAAAAAGCAUUUCUGCAAGUAUGAAUUACAGUAAUUGCAGCUUAAACUGUAGUCUCUAGAUGAUUGCCUUUCUGUGUGUGAAGGCUUAUUUCUUCUGCCUGCCGAAAAAUCCCAGUAUGUGCAACAUAUUACCUGCUGUGACUCAUUUAUCUUUCUGGUUUUCUCUUCUCCUUACUCUCAUGCAUAUCCAUAUGUAUGUAGUGUAAAUUUUGUGGUACUUCAGAAUUAGUACUGUAAUUCUGCUUUAUACAGUCAAAGCAGGGUUUUUCUACAUUAUUUAAAAUAUAGAAAUUUUUUUAGCUGUGUAGUUGAAAGAUGAAUACCAUGCUACUGUGGUAUUUAAGAAAAAGUUUGUUAGCCCAAAUGGUUCAACAUUCAAUUCAGCAACAUGCUUUGCGUUUUUUGUAACAAAGCUGAGAAGUUUUCCAGGCAGAAUAGAUUGUAAACCAAUGAUGUGGAGAGAGCUCUUGGACUAAUACUAGCUUUCAUGCUUUUAGCCCCAUAUUUUAGGAUGAGUAGGAUAUAUUGGUCUAUGACUGAAGUAUUGAAAUCUAGGAAUUCUAGUCUGAUUUAAAAAAAAAACCACAUUAUUUGGAGGGUGCAUUAUGAACACUGGAAAGUAGAAAAGCCUUGAUUGGUCAGUCCAGCUGGUGAGAAGUAACUCUUCACCCAGUAUUCAAAAAAAUAUAUGUUAACAUCAUGCUGCAUAAAGUUACAGUGUAAAAGAUAGAUGUGUAGAACUUAAUGUUAAUUAGCCAGCCAUUAAAACUUUUUUUUAGAAUUUCCCCAACCUGUGGCUGGAUUAAAAUUGGAAAAACUUGGAUUAACCUACACCUAAACAUGAUCUCUGGGGUUGCCAAUAUAUUUUGUGUAUGUUGUUUUUCACUACUCUUCUUUGUUCCUCACUUUUUUCCUGAAGUCCUCUCACUCAGUUGAAACUCAUUUGAAUCCUAAUCUGUUGCUUUUCUGCCUUAAGUUUUCCAGAACAAAGUAAAGUUGUGGAACAAAGUAGAGUUGUGGGCUUAUGCAUAUCAUACAUGCUGCUUUUUAUUUUAAAAAAGCACUUGUAUAUAUAUAUAUAUAUAUAUUUAAGCAUUGAAAUAUGUGUGUUUUCAAGGGAAAAUGAAGAGUAAAUGUUGUUGGGCAUUUUGAAGUCACUCCUUACAAGAAAAAAAAGGUUUGGAAAACUCGCAUCUCCACAAAAAAAAAAAGACUAAACCCAUUUUUAUUUGUGGCAAGUCUAAGUGAUCUACUUAUUUUUGAAGCAUUGUAAUAAUUUUAACAUUAUUACUAUGCCAAACUUUUAAUGAAAUGCAAAUGUCUCCUUUGAUUCCUGCUCACACACCCACUUAAAGUGAUUUGGCCUUUUGAAUUGUAGUGGAUGAUUGUGUUUAUACUUGUGCUAUUAUUUUCCAAAAUAUAUUGAAUAGCUUUGUAUUCAGGCUCAGUUAUAGCAAAGGAAAAGACAAGAUCAUGUGGGGAUUGGAUCUUCUGUUUGAUGCAGUGUGCAGUAAACCAUAUGGAGAAAAUGCAUCUAGAUCAUUUAUCAUGGGAAUUAAUGUAAAGCAGUGGCUCUUCAGCUCUUAAUUGUCACAUGUACUGUGUGUUAUGAAAUGUUGUUCUUUUCCAGAACUAUAAAAUGUUUCCUGACUGAAUACUCAUUUCAGCCACAUUCAUGCAUAUGGCAAUAUUCUAUCAAACAGCCAAACUACCAAUAGGCUUGGCUGUAAAAUUACCUCCAAAAAAUCUUACUAAGUAGCAAGAUAGAUACACAUUAAUCUAGGGAAGCCUCACUAAAUUUGAGAGUGCUCAAAAUCUGUACAUGUAAUUUAAUAGAGCAGUGGCUUUCAAAUUUUCAUGUGGCUUGUUGAACCUUGGUGCUGCCCCCUUCAACUGAGGCGGACCUUACAGUAUUCCCACUAUUCUUCUGCAGUUGUAAUCUUGAUUGCAUCUAUUGAUGUUUUCAUUAAGGAAUUCUUAAGAAGCUUCCAAGGAACCUCAGGACUCCCUGAAAUACAGUUAGGAAAACAUUGUAAUAGUGCAUUUGUUGAGAUAAGUCCAAAACCAUACAACUGGGAUAACACAACUUGAUCUAGUCAGGUGGUAUGGUGUGGUAUAUAAUUCUGGUCAUGUCACUGUAUAGGGUCAUCCUGAGUAAAUGACUUCACUUGUG